AUGGUAGCGCUGUGCAUUCUGCAACGGCAUGCUCUGCAAAGAAUGUCCGUAUUAUCAGCACCGAAGUCAACCACAUUUUCUCAUUCUGCUAGAACAUUUCAACAAUUACCGUCUGAAAAACGAACACCAUUAACAGUGUCGAUACCAAAAUGUUUUAAUGUUACAUUUGCUAUACAACAUGGUUAUUUUCGAUGUGUAAGAUAUUUAUUAGAAUUAGGAUAUGAUCCAAAUGAACGAGAUAGUAAUCUUCGAACAACAUUAAUUCUAUGUGCUUACAUUGAAAAUGCUAAAUGGCGUUUGUCAUUAGCUCAAAAUUUACUAGAGAAAGGUGCCCGAAUUGCAUUAGAUGAUCAUGCAAGACGAAACAGUUUGCAUCAUGCAUGUGCAUUACAACGAGAAGAAUUGGUCAAACUAUAUUUAACAUGUUUAGAUUUUAAUAUUGAAGCAAAAGAUUGUGAAGGAUGUACAUGUCUACAUUAUGCGGCAAUUACAGGCAAUUGUCAAAUAGCUGAGAUGUUAGUUGACGCUGCCGAAAGAAAAGGAAUAAAAUUAGAUCAAUAUAUAAAUAAAGAAGGUUGUUCAGCCGCUGUACUAGCACUAAAAUAUGGACAUAUUGAUUGUGCUAAUACUAUUACACAUCGUGAUUCAGAUGAAUUUUUUGUUGUUCCACGUCCAUUAAGUAUUUUUGAAUUGCCCGUACAAAAUGAUAAAAAAGAUUCAAAAACAAUAAAUUCAUCUAAACAACGACGAAAAUCUAAUAUACAUCCGACAACUUUGUCUUUUGGAUUAUUAAAAAUAAUCUUUAAUGAUUUUGAUACUAAUUAUUCAACACGUUUACAUGAUAUGGUAGAAGAAAAUCGUUUAGCUGAUAACAAUCGUCAAAAGAAAAAAUUAAUUAAAAAUCAACUUCGUCAUGAUUCAAAUACAAUUACAUUAGAUAGUAAAGGAUAUACAACUGAAUUUCUUAGACUAAAAACAUCAUCAUGUAAAUCAAUUAAUGAACAUGCUAGCACUGAAGCGCUUGUUAAUCAAGAACGAAAAACAAAUUCAUGUGAAGAUGAUCAACAACCACAACAAUCAAAUGGUGAACGUUUAAGUCCACGUCUUCAAUUGAUGUUACAACAACAUCCUCAUCUAGGAAGAAAAUCAAAUAUAAAUGAAGAUGAAACAAUAUCGAGCGCCAUUAGUAUGAUACUACAGGACAAAAAUGAACCAUUAAAUAAUUCAAAAACUAACAAUAGACCAAAAACAGCAAAAAUAGAUGUUCUAGUAACAAAAGUAGAGUUGCAAAAACAACCAUCAGCGAAGAAGGUGGAAACAUCUUCGGAUAAUUAUUUGUCUGAGCUAAUUCCUGCUGGAACAGCAAUAAGUAGUUUUCAAACAAUCAAUAGUGGAAAAAUGUUGGGGAAUAAGCAUAAUAAUUCUCAAGCAAGUGUAAAUACGUUCAAACCUUUUUCAACUACGGAAACGACGGAUUUUGCUGAAUUGCAGCCAUCAUCAAAUUCAUUCGUUACAACAUCAAUGAAAAGUAUGUUUUCCGAACAGCGUUCCCAAAAACCAUCAUCAAUAGUCCAAAUUAAAAAUCUAGAUCAACCAUCGCGAUUAAAUUCAGCAAAACCACUACCGAUUUCCAUUCAAGAAAAGCAUACGAUGAGAAUACCUUCAUCUCUAAAACGACGAUCACCAUCGAAUUAUGAUAAAUCAAAAUCACCAACAUCAAACAAUAUUAUAUUACAGAUGGCACAACAAGACAGAACGCAUAAAUAUACUGAACGUGUUCGAUCGGCGCCAUUAGUGGCACAUAAACAGAUACCUUUUCAUAACAACCUCUCGUCAGAUAAAACCUAUUCUCAAAUGCUCUACGCUGGACGACCUAUUUCGGCCGUAUUACAUACAAGUGCAACGAGAACACCAACACCAUUGGAUAAUUGUACAAUACGUGAAGCAAAACCGAAUACACUCUACAAUAAUCCCGAAGAAUUAUUCGGUUUAAAUCCAAAAGAUUUGUUUGGCACACAUAUUCAACCAGUUAUUGUCUCUAAAACCACACCAAAAGAUUCAGAUAGCGAAAGAAAUCGAAUGAAAAGAAACUUUCAUAAACAACAGCAUCUCUGGAAACAAGAUAUUGACAAAAUAAUCGAUUUGUACAACAUUCAUCACAGUUCAACUUACCGACCGACCGUUCUAUUUGUACCUAAACCGACAGCAGAUAAUGAACCAAAAUCAGGUUUGUUAUCAACUAGACGUAAUAGUAUCAUGGGAAGCACAACAAAAAAACUAUUACAACGAAAUCCACCACGUUCAAAAAUUAGUACUCUAGCACAGUUGAAUUUGACACGUAGAAGUUCUGUUGUUAAUAGACCACCAACAAUUAAAGUCGUUAAAGCUGAUGGUGUAGUCACUCCCUCAGGUGGACGUUUACCAUCCAUCGAUCGUGGUAUCUAUGAAUCGCAUGUAUUUGAACACAAUCAUACUUCUACUCCACAUAUGUAUCAACCCAACGAUCAGGAGUGUGUUCGUUUAGCUGGUAAAGACCGAAAUCGUCAAUUUCGUUAUUUUUAUACAUCACAUCCAUCGGCAGUUCGAAUCUAUAUACGUUAUCGUGAUUCUACUUCGACUAGCGAAACAGUACCAUACCAAAGAAGGCUAUCACAAUUUUCUGAUAGAACAAUUAAACCACAACUUCAUCAUUUAUCUGUUAGUGAAAAAUAUAAAGACGAAGUUAGAAAAAUGUAUUAUUAUAAAGAUCUGAAAUGUUUUCUUCCAUCAACAUCAUACGAAUUCAAUGGUAUCAAAAUUGUUGGCCACAAAAUCGACUAA